AAGUGGACGGUUGCGUAGAACAGGAAUUUGUGCACAAUUUAAAGGUGGGCCCAGUGCUGCACAGACAUUAAGUGAUGUUUUUGAUGUAACUGUCACUCCCGAAAACGAAUUAUUCGUCUGUGUCCAAUGUAGUUUGACGAUUCGUUCCAUGGACACAAAAAAACAACAAUUGUCAACUGUGGAGAUAAAAUUUAGAAAAGUUAAAAAACCAGGCUCAUACAUAGCCACAAAACUGCCAGCCACCCCAAGUGCCCGACAAACACCAAAGCGACAGAGAGUGAUACACACGCCAAGCAGGCAUACCAGUCGUAGAUCAAAGACUUUUUCACCUGGAGAAAAGGUGUCUACAUCUGUGAAGAGCAGUCAACUGCGACAGGCACUCAUCAACAUCAGCAAGUCCAAGUACCACACUGGAUUCCGUCGCCUGUUCAACAGCAGCAAGGCUGCAAAAAAGGCCGCCUUUCAGAGUGAUCAGUUUUGCUAAAACAUUCGGAAACAAAAACAAUAGUGGGAUUGAGGACAUCACCAACUUCAGUUGGGAAAUUGUUUUAAAAGAUGCAUGGCAUUUGUCCCCCCUUUGAUUAACAUCAUAAUAGCUGCAUUGACGAAGAAAGAAAACUGGAAAACAAUAACGAGAAGAAGGGGUAAAACAGUAAUUUCUGCUAAACCUCUUGUUGGGUCACUUCUGUGCAUUGUUGGUUUUGUUCGAAGCUACCAGUGCAAUAUACUUCAACGGAUGGUGUCAUUAUUGCUUUGGCUAGGAGGAUGCAAAACAAAGGUAAUGUAAAAAAAGCUUUUUGAUGUUUAUAAUGUUUAAAAUUGUGAAAGACACACACACACACACACACACACACACACACACACACACAUACACACACACACACACACGGAUCCAGGAGAAUUGUUGGGGACGAGUACACAACAAGGUACCCCUGCUGAUGUAAAGAUAUAACGGCCUUCCUCUAAGACUACGGCUCGGAAUGGUCAAAUAUUUGACACCCAAAAGCCGACGAUCAUUCAAAGCGCUCUAGUUUCAUCGUUACUCACCCCCAAUAAAUUUAAACUCUGUAAACCAAGUACCAUUUAAAACCUCACUAUUUACUUGGUCCCAUGGGUGUGCAGUUUACAGGUUUUAAAAAUUACUGUUUGCUAUUACAUA